AAACACUCUUUGGAUUGUAGAUUUUGUUAAGUGUUUGUUGUUCAUUAAUAACCUAUGAUACGACAUUUGUGAAUUUUAAAAUGAACUGCAGAGUUUGUGGCAUGGAUCUGACUGUAACCGAUGAUAAAUGUACUGUAUCCGCUGAUGGAAAGAGUAAAGGUCGCAUGAGCAUCAAAUGUCAUCGGGCCACAUAACAGUCAACCUAUAGAACUAGUAUAUUCUAAAUACUAACAGUUUCUGUCUUUUUUGCGGACAAGAAAGUAUAAAGUACAAAAGCGUACAACAGGUACAAACAUUUUGUCGUCAGUUUUCUGCAGAGUUGGGGCCCAAGUCCACAUUACCUCACUUUGCAAUAUCGACAUCCAUUUUUAAGAAACAAUGAAUGUGUACAAGACGGGCGAGGAGGUCUUAAAGAUAGCCUUGAGGUUGAGCAGAUGCAGACAUCUUUUAUCAGGGGCACACCUGGGCCCUCUACUCCAGAGGGGCCCCUCACACCUGCAUCUGCCACCAGCUUCAUCCUCCUUGGUGACUGUAACAGGACAUGCCAGCACAGUCAGGUACUACUCACAGGGAGAUCGUUUUGUUGCACCUGCAGGGGAAUCUGUGGAUGUGCAAACUUCCUCUGAGUCCCAGGGGCCCAGACGGACUAAGAAACUUUAUGCCAAAAACGUAUUCUUCGAAAAACUUGACGAGUGUUCCUCUCCGAGUGAUGUGCUGGACCUCCUUGGCAGCAAGCCUGUAACGCAGCGGCGCAUCAGCAACAGCCUACAGCGCAUAUGGAAUUCCAUCAAGAAGCUCUCCGAUGACCAGCGACGCUACGAGCUGAAGCUGAUGUUUGAGCACCCACGCUUUGAAGAGCUGUGCCAUGAUCUGAUUGCGAUGGCCCCGGAGAUGCAGCCUGAGGCCAUGGCCUUCAGUCUGCUCGCCCUCGUCAGGUUGGAUGUCCCUCAACGCAGCAGAGUGGUGCAGACGCUACUCAGAGUCAUCCAGGAAAACCUGAACCACUUUGAUGAGCGGCCCCUUGCCAUUCUUGCUGGAGCUUUGGAACACAUGGAGGAUCUGCCAAAUGUCCAGGCGCUCAAGCAUGGAUUCAGGUUGCACCUGGAAAGAAAUAUGCCCUCUUUUUCCAACAUACUUUCACUUCAGUCCGUCAUGCGUGCAGUGGGGAGGGACAGUUCUAAUGAACUAAAGAAGAAAUUUGAGAUGAGCGCCCUCGGCAUGGCAGACAGCUUCUCACUUCCCAAUUCGCAGUACAUGCUUGCCUCCAUGGCUGCCAUGGGACUUUACUCAAAGCAACUCUUGGAAAUGUGCUGUAAACAGAUCCAGGAAAAUGUGGAGGGGGUUCCAUUCUCCAAGCUGCUGAUGGUCUUGAGGGCAUGCCAGGAUCUGCACUACAGGAACUAUCCCAUGCUGUCAGCCAUCGCUGAGCAUCUAGCCAACAGCUGCUCCAUGUGGAACAACAAACAGAUAAUCCUCCUACUCCUAGCGUUUGAGAGGAUGAACUUCCGCGCUGUAAGCCUGAUGGAUGUGUUUGCGGAGCGCCUCAUCCUCAACUCCAGUGCCCUCACUCUCCCGGACAUCCUCUCUGUCCUUAAGGUCUACGCCCAUCUCAACCAUGACCUGGGGGAUCACAGGCAACCGUUCUUGGACAGCCUGACUGGUGCAGUGGAGUCCUAUCUAGACAAGCUGUACCCUGGGAACCUCCUGAGGGCUGUCCUCUACUUCUGUAUGCUCGGACACUUCCCUCCUCUCCUGCUGGAGAGACUCGUUGAUAGAGACACCCUGGAGCAGCUCUUUAACCCUGGCACUGAUAAAAAGCCAUUCAAAGGCUUGGAGCAGAACCUGCACUGUGUGGACCUCUGCCUGCGUCUGGACCAGAGCUCCGUCCCUCGGCCCCAGCUCCUGGCCUCCAUGCUUGGCGACCUCUCGCCCCCUCCACACCCCCCGAUUCCCAGCACACUGCUCAGCACACUACAAGGCCUGAGAGGAGUGGAGGCGGUACAGCAGGGCUUGGCCGUGGAAAAGGUGUAUCAUGUUGAUUUCCAGAUCACUCUCUCAUCUGGCAGUUCUGAAAUCAGCAAGUCUCCUCAGGACGAUGCUCUUCCUCACACAGUUGCCCUGCUCUGCGCCCCCACCUCUGCCUACUGUUUCGGGUCCAAGCACCUGUGUGGCAGAAUGGCUAUGCAGAUGCGCCACCUCACAGCCCUGGGCUACUCACCCGUGCUGUUGCCAUUGAAAGAGUUCCUCUCUCGGCCAGAGGAGCAGCGGUCUGAGGUGCUGAGGAGACUGCUGUUUCCAGGAGAACCAGAAGGGGGCACCACAUCCACAAUCCAAACCACCGCCACCACACAUCCAGGGGAGCAGUGAAGCUGUGGGGCCCCCGGGCUUUGACUGUGCAGUGUGGGACACCAAGCAUUUGCGAAUGUAAAACUGGUUUUGGUCAGUCUUGGAGGGUUUGGUGUGUCCUUUGUACUUUUCUGGGAUGUCAUCUUCCACACAAAUAGUGGAUUAGACUGUAGAGUGACUCCCGACAUUUUAUGAUGCAACUUCGGAUUCUGUAAGACUGGGCAUGUCAUCUUCCACACACAUAGUGGAGUAAAUGCUUCCUGAUGAAACAUUGUUUUAGAAGCUGUCAGCACUUCUUUUUUUGUUUCUGUUUGUGCCUGUAUUACCUCCAGUCAUGUCACCAACGAGACAUGUACAGUACACACAUUAAGUCUUGAAGACAAACUCUUUAAAAGGGGGAUUUGUUUACUUACAUAUGAUCGCUCCCAUCGUGUCCUUAUGUUUGGAUAAAUAUUACCCCUCACUGUUAUUUUGUCAUUUAAUAUGUCAUUAUUAUUAUUGAGAUUGCAAUUUAAAAUUAUAUAAAAUAUAAGUUACUGGACAAGUUUUCAAAACAA